AAACAAGACUGUUGUUGUUUGUGUUUAUGCGAAAGAGAACAGGAGAUGUGGUUAGAUUUGCCUACAGUGACACCGCCCAUGCCUCCAUGAGGCUGUAAUUCAGCUCCACCGGCUACUUCAUGCUCAUACUGACUACGGUGUCCCGCGAAGUUCUAAAAGGACUCGCGUUCGCGUUGUUGAAAAUUUAGUUUUCCCUUUCUUCAAUGACGAUGGGUGACAUGAUAUCUGAGGAACUGGAAGAUUUGAUGCAUUUCUCCGUCCACGAUUUACCAACUCGUGGUUAUUCGGUCAUGGAGGAGAUCCGGCGUCAGGGGAAGCUCUGUGAUGUUACCCUCAAGGUGGGAGAGCAUAAGUUUAGUGCCCACCGGAUUGUUCUGGCUGCUUCCAUUCCCUACUUCCACGCCAUGUUCACCAAUGACAUGGUCGAGUGCAAACAGGAUGAGAUCGUCAUGCAAGGCAUGGAUCCCAGUGCUCUAGAGGCGCUUAUCAAUUUUGCAUAUAACGGACACAUAGCCAUAGACCAGCAGAACGUUCAAGCGCUCCUGAUAGGCGCCAGUUUCCUGCAGCUGCAGAAUGUUAAAGAUGCCUGCUGCUCUUUCCUUCAGGAGAGGUUGCAUCCAAAGAACUGCCUGGGUGUGCGGCAGUUCGCCGAGACCAUGAUGUGCACGACGCUGUAUGACGCCGCCAACAGCUUCGUGCAUCAGCACUUUGUGGAGGUUUCUGUGUCCGAGGAGUUUCUGAGCCUGCGGCCCGACGAGGUGCUCGAGCUGGUCGGCUGUGAUGAGCUCAAUGUCAAGGCUGAGGAGCAGGUGUUCGAGGCCGUUCUUGCGUGGGUGAGACAUCAGAGAGAAGACCGCCAGUCCUGCCUGCCCGAGCUGCUUUCCAAGACCCGACUGCCCCUGUGCCGACCCCAGUUCCUGGCUGAUCGCGUCCAACAGGACGAGCUGGUGCGCUGCUGCCACAAAUGCAGGGAUCUGGUAGAUGAGGCAAAGGAUUAUCAUCUAAUGCCAGAGCGCCGGCCGCACCUGCCUGCCUAUAAGACACGGCAAAGAUGCUGCACGUCCAUCGCCGGGUUAAUCUAUGCAGUCGGAGGACUCAACAGUGCAGGUGACUCGUUAAACGUCGUGGAAGUAUUUGAUCCAAUUGGUAACUGUUGGGAACGCUGUCAGCAAAUGAGCACGGCGCGGAGUCGAGUGGGCGUGGCUGUGGUCAACGGGCUACUGUAUGCUAUUGGGGGCUACGACGGCCAGUCUCGGCUCAGCACAGUCGAAGUUUACAACCCAGAAACGGACACGUGGAGUAAAGUAGCCAGCAUGAACAGUCAACGCAGCGCAAUGGGAACAGUGGUAGUCGACGGACACAUAUACGUCUGUGGUGGCUACGAUGGCAAGUCCUCACUCAAUUCAGUAGAGUGCUAUUCUACAGAAACGGACAGAUGGACAAUAGUGACCGAGAUGAGCGCGAGUCGCAGUGCCGCAGGCGUGACGUUAUUUGAAGGGAGGAUAUACGUUUCGGGCGGACACGACGGUCUGCAGAUUUUCAACACGGUGGAGUAUUACAACCAGCACACGGCGCAGUGGCACCCCCUGUCCCCCAUGCUCAACAAGAGGUGCAGGCACGGUGCAGCGGCUUUGGGCAGUCAGCUCUACGUGGUGGGCGGCUACGACGGCUCUGGUUUCCUGAGCGGUGCCGAGGUGUACAGCUCUGCAAGCGAGCAGUGGAGCCAUCUGGUGGCAAUGAACACGCGGCGCAGUCGAGUCUCUCUGGUCGCGAACUGCGGCCAUCUGUACGCCGUCGGGGGCUACGACGGCCAGUCCAACCUCAGCUCGGUGGAGAUGUACGACCCAGAGACUAACCGCUGGACGUUUAUGGCGCCCAUGGUGUGCCACGAAGGCGGCGUCGGGGUCGGCUGUAUACCUCUGCAACCAGCCUAGCCAAUAAAUCAAAAGGAUUUUUCCGAACGUCGUUUUUCUAAGCGCAGAGCGUCCAUGACGCACUCGUGCAACUUGAUGUCCUGACGUACGUUCGCGUCGGAACGGCUGUAUGCGACGUUACAGAAAACCUACACACAGCGUACACACGGUGCAGCGUUGACGGGGAUGUGGUGUAACGUCUUUAUUUUCAUCACGGUUUCAAAUGUGUAAAAAAAAAAAAAAAAAAAAAAAAAAACUUUCAUUCGGGGCUUGGCUGUCUUUCGUAAGGUUCUACCGAGACGAUGCAGGAAGAAAUGCUCACUCGGUUCCUGUUCGCGUGUGUAAUAGUGUGUGCUCGGUUAGGGAAAUGUGCAUGAGUGAGCCAUAAAGGGAUAAAAAUCGCCUCAUCAACUGGAAGCUUAUAGUUAAGACAUGCAGGAUGGUACAAGUUAACCACUGACAAGCAAAUGUAUGUUAUUUGGGAGACUAUAAUCACACAUUAUUUAUAGGGAUUUCUAACAUUGAAUACUUUUUUUUGUGAUUUUAUAGCAUGUGUUUUUUUUUAUUUUAUUUUUUAUUAUAGCACAUUUUAUUUGGGAUACCAUUUGUUCGGAGCGUUCCGAAGAAAACAUCCACCGGACGUGCCAUAUUCCACACGAUCAUGCUGGACUACGAUAGGAUCAAGCCCUACCGCUUCUCAGAGCGCUCGUUGUUUCGAGACACGAUGGAAAAUCCUAGUGGAGGGGAAAGGGUUGUGAUGACCGAUAACGACGGCCUGUCUUACCUCCUGAAUAGCUCUACGUUCCUCCUCUUAUGUGGAUGGAAGUCAGUGCAUUUAAUACCAAAAAAAAAAAAAAAAAAAAAAAAGAAGUGAAGCGAUGGCGUGGAAUUGCCUAACGACCAGCAUCGUCAGUGUCCUGUCUGUUAUGUGUGCAGUGGCGUCGAGUCCUGGUGGUGGAAGUUAGAAGCAUGUGUCUGGCUCACCAGACUCAUGUCCCCUCCCCCUUUCCCCAGCCAGCUGCUUUGUGUAAUCACUAGUAACAACUCCUAAUUUGGGAUUACUGACUGUGAAUUUCGAGUAUUGGAUGUCUUCAUUUCUUCCUUUCCUCUCUUCUUGACCAUUCCUCUGCUGAUCUUGAUUGAUGUUGAAUUUACUAUAUCCUAGAUCGUGUAUUGUAACGUUCAAUCAUGGUGCAGUAUUUUUUAUACUACUUUUUUUUUUUUUUUUUUUUAAAACAACAAAAAAAAAACUUUUUUUUUUUUUUUUUUUAUUUCCGGACCACGAUUUUUUAUUUUGUAUUUUUUUAUGACGUUGCACAUAAUAGUUCAGUUAAUCUAUCUUAACAUUGAGAAUCAAGUUUAUAGAUGUAUAUGUAUAGUAUAAUAUAUAUAUAUAUAUAUAUAUAUAUAUGUAAGCAGAGGAUUAUAACACGUGGCCCUAGUGAACCUGUAGUCUUUCUGAUCAUCUUUUAGCUACCUCUGUUUGAGAUGGGAGAGCAUUCGAGCUUGUGCAGUAUGUGUGUGUGUGUGUGUGUGUGUGUGUGUGUGUGUGUGUGUGUGUGAGACGGAGACGGCCGAUCUGCUCACACCGUUUCUGUUUCAACUGCAGGAUCUCCAAACCUGGGACCGAAAUCUCAAGUGUAGGUCUUUUUCACGUUAUGGACAUCAUUUUGUAAAUGUCCUAAAUAAAUCAUGUUUUUUUUUUUUUUAAUGAACACAUUUUUCAAGCCA